UCUCUGCUUCUCCUGAGAGGAACGGUGGAAGCCGCGGGCUCGGGCGGGAGCCGGCGAAGGCUCGGCGGCGGCGCCUCCCGCUCCUGGAGCGGGGGGUAGAAGCGGCGGUAGCCGCGGCGGCGGGGAGGGGGCCCGAGUCGCCUGUCACCAUUUCCAGGGCUGGGGACGCCGGAGAGUUGGUCUCUCCCCUUCUCCUGCCUCCAACACGGCGGCGGCGGCGGCGGCGGCACCUCCAGGGACCCGGGCCGGCUCUAAGCCUCCCCUCCGCCGCCGCCGCACACCCCCCGGCCCGGGCUCAGGAGGCUGCUGCAGGAGGCAGCCGUUCCGAGGAUUGUUCGUGGUAUCCCCAUCCCGCUGCUGCCGCUGCCAGGCCGCUGGCUGCUGAAGAGAAGCAGGCCCAGUCGCUGCAACCAUCUAGCAGCCGCCGCAGCAGCCAUUACCCGGCCGCGGUCCAGAACCAAGCGGCAGCAGAGCGAGGGGCAUCGGCGACCAAGUCCAGAGCCAUCUCCAUCCUGCAGAAGAAGCCCCGCCACCAGCAGCUUCUGCCAUCUCUCUCCUCCUUUUUCUUCAGCCACAGGCUCCCAGACAUGACAGCCAUCAUCAAAGAGAUCGUUAGCAGAAACAAAAGGAGAUAUCAAGAGGAUGGAUUCGACUUAGACUUGACCUAUAUUUAUCCAAACAUUAUUGCUAUGGGAUUUCCUGCAGAAAGACUUGAAGGCGUAUACAGGAACAAUAUUGAUGAUGUAGUAAGGAAAAAGAUGAACAGUGACCAGGAAGGAAGGUUUUUGGAUUCAAAGCAUAAAAACCAUUACAAGAUAUACAAUCUAUGUGCUGAAAGACAUUAUGACACCGCCAAAUUUAACUGCAGAGUUGCACAGUAUCCUUUUGAAGACCAUAACCCACCACAGCUAGAACUUAUCAAACCUUUUUGUGAAGAUCUUGACCAAUGGCUAAGUGAAGAUGACAAUCAUGUUGCAGCAAUUCACUGUAAAGCUGGAAAGGGACGGACUGGUGUAAUGAUUUGUGCAUAUUUAUUACAUCGGGGCAAAUUUUUAAAGGCACAAGAGGCCCUCGAUUUCUAUGGAGAAGUAAGGACCAGAGACAAAAAGGGAGUAACUAUUCCCAGUCAGAGGCGCUAUGUGUAUUAUUAUAGCUACCUGUUAAAGAAUCAUCUGGAUUAUAGACCAGUGGCACUGUUGUUUCACAAGAUGAUGUUUGAAACUAUUCCAAUGUUCAGUGGCGGAACUUGCAAUCCUCAGUUUGUGGUCUGCCAGCUAAAGGUGAAGAUAUAUUCCUCCAAUUCAGGACCCACAAGACGGGAAGACAAGUUCAUGUACUUUGAGUUCCCUCAGCCGUUGCCUGUGUGUGGUGACAUCAAAGUAGAGUUCUUCCACAAACAGAACAAGAUGCUAAAAAAGGACAAAAUGUUUCACUUUUGGGUAAAUACGUUCUUCAUACCAGGACCAGAGGAAACCUCAGAAAAAGUAGAAAAUGGAAGUCUGUGUGAUCAAGAAAUUGAUAGUAUUUGCAGUAUAGAGCGUGCAGAUAAUGAUAAAGAAUAUCUAGUACUUACUUUAACAAAAAAUGAUCUCGACAAAGCAAAUAAAGAUAAGGCAAACCGAUAUUUUUCUCCAAAUUUUAAGGUGAAGCUGUACUUCACAAAAACAGUAGAGGAGCCAUCAAAUCCAGAGGCUAGCAGUUCAACUUCUGUAACGCCAGAUGUUAGUGACAAUGAACCUGAUCAUUAUAGAUAUUCUGACACCACUGACUCUGACCCAGAGAACGAGCCUUUUGAUGAAGAUCAGCACACACAAAUUACGAAAGUCUGAUUUUUUUUUUUUUAUCAAGAGGGAUUAAAAACCAUGAAAACAAACUUGAA